GACCCGGCAGGAGGCCCAUGGAGCUUGGGGCCACAGGCCACAGGGGACAAGGGCCAGACACCCCGGCCAUGGCUCCAGGCCAUUGAUCCAGCCCAGGCCGGCCAGCUGGGGGUGGAGAGACCUUGGCUGGACAAACAGGCUCCUGAGGUCUACGAGCAGGUCCUGGGCCCACCUGCCACUCCUGAAGGGAAGGAUGCCUGCAGCCAAGGCCCCCCAAGCUGCUGGCGGGCAGGUCGAAGGAGGUGAUGGAGAAGAGGCUGAGCCAGAGGGGAUAUUCAAGACCUCCAUGGGCACCAAGAGAAAGGCCCGAGACUACCUCUGCCUGGCACCUCUGUGUCUGGCCCUGGUUGCACUGGCUUCAGCCGGGUUCCUCCUCUGGUAUUUCCUAGGGUACAAGGCGGAGGUGACCGUCAGCCAGGUGUACUCCGGAAGCCUCCGUGUGCUCAACCGUCACUUCACCCAGGACCUUGCGCGCCGGGAGUCCAGUGCCUUCCGCAGCGAAACCGCCAAAGCCCAGAGGAUGCUCAAGGAGCUUCUUGCCAGCACCCGCCUGGGCGCUUACUACAACUCCAGCUCUGUCUACUCCUUUGGGGAGGGACCCCUCACUUGCUUCUUCUGGUUCAUUCUUCAAAUCCCGGAGUACCAGCGGCAGAUGCUGAGCCCCGAGGUGGUGCGCACGAUGCUUGUGGAGGAGCUGAUGUCCACAGCCAACAGCUCGGCCCCGGCUCCCUACAGGGCCGAGUAUGAGGUGGACUCCGAGGGCCUGGUGAUCCUGGAGGGCAGCGUGAAAGACAUAGUCGUACUGAAUUCCACGCUGGGCUGUUAUCGCUAUAGCUAUGUGGGUCAGGGCCAGGCCCUCCAGCUGAAGGGACCCGACCAUCUGUCCUCCAGCUGCCUGUGGCACCUACAGGGCCCCAAGGACUUCAUGCUCAAACUGCGGCUCGAGUGGACCCUGAUCGAGUGCCGUGACCGGGUGGCCAUGUACGAUGCGGCCGGGCCCCUGGAGAAGAGGCUCAUCACCUCGGUCUACGGGUGCAGUCGCCAGGAGCCCUCGAUGGAGGUGUUGACAUCAGGCGCUGUCAUGGCGGUAGUGUGGAAGAAGGGCCUGCACAGUUACUACGACCCGUUCGUGCUCUCUGUGCAGUCUGUGGCCUUCCAGGACUGCCAGGUGAACCUGACGCUGGAGGAAGGGCUGCACCAGCAGGGUACCUUCAGCACGCCCUACUUUCCCAGCUACUACUCACCGAGUACCCACUGCUCCUGGCACUUCACGGUACCUUCUCUGGACUAUGGCUUGGCCCUCUGGUUUGAUGCCUAUGCACUGAGGAGACAGAAGUAUGACGUGCCGUGUACCCAAGGCCAGUGGAUGAUCGAGCACCGGAGGCUGUGUGGCAUGCGCACCCUGCAGCCCUACGCAGAAAGGAUCCCUGUGGUGGCCUCGGCUGGCAUCACCAUCAACUUCACGUCCCAGAACUCCCUCACCGGCCCAGGCGUGAAAGUGCACUACGGCCUGUACAACCAAUCGGACCCCUGCCCGGGAGAGUUUCUCUGCUCUGUGAAUGGCCUGUGUGUCCCCGCCUGCGAUGGCAUCAAAGACUGCCCCAAUGGCCUGGAUGAGAGAAACUGCGUCUGCAGAGCCACAUUUCAGUGCCAAGAGGACAGCACGUGCAUCUCGCUGUCCAAAGUCUGUGACCGGAAGCCGGACUGUCUCAACAGUAGUGAUGAGGAGCGGUGCCGAGGAGGAGUGCCUUGUGGGACCUUCACCUUCCAGUGUGAGGACGGCAGCUGUGUGAAGAAACCCAACCCGCAGUGUGACGGGCAGCCGGAUUGCAGAGAUGGCUCCGACGAGCUUCACUGUGACUGUGGUCUCCAGGGCCCAUCCGGCCGCAUCAUAGGCGGGGCUGUGUCCUCCGAGGGUGAGUGGCCGUGGCAGGCUAGCCUCCAGAUUCGGGGUCGACACAUCUGUGGGGGGGCCCUCAUCGCUGACCGCUGGAUCAUCACAGCUGCCCACUGCUUCCAGGAGGACAGCAUGGCCUCCCCAGCUCUGUGGACCGUGUUCCUGGGUAAGGUGCGGCAGAGUUCACGCUGGCCGGGCGAGGUGUCCUUUAAGGUGAGCCGCCUGCUUCUGCACCCGUACCACGAGGAGGACAGCCAUGACUACGACGUGGCGCUGCUGCAGCUGGACCACCCUGUGGUGUACUCAGCCACCGUGUACCCCGUCUGCCUGCCAGCCCGCUCACACUUCUUCGAGCCAGGCCUGCACUGCUGGAUCACGGGCUGGGGCGCCCUGCGCGAGGGGGGCCCCACCAGCAGCACGCUGCAGAAGGUGGACGUGCAGCUGGUCCCCCAGGACCUGUGCAGUGAGGCGUACCACUACCAGGUGACCCCGCGCAUGCUCUGUGCCGGCUACCGCAAGGGCAAGAAGGACGCCUGCCAGGGUGACUCUGGCGGCCCGCUGGCUUGCAAGGAGCCCAGUGGCCGGUGGUUCCUGGCGGGGCUGGUCAGCUGGGGCUUGGGCUGCGGCCGGCCCAACUACUUUGGUGUCUACACUCGCAUCACGGGCGUGGUUGGCUGGAUCCAACAGGUGCUAACCUGACGAGCCACCCCUGCAGAACAAGACCCAGGCCAGGGUGCUCACUUGGCCUGGGAACAAGUAUUCUGGGGCGAGUAGCCCUGUGGAGGCAAGAGGAGGCACUUGGUCCCCCAACCUGCUCCCUGAAACUUGCCCCAGUAAUGCCAAAGAGGAGACGGGUGGCUGGUGAUCUGGAGAGCAUCCCCUGAGGGUCAGGAACCAUGCCCAGCCAGGCUGCAUUUGCCUCGGAGCCAUUUCUCCCCCAGGCCCUGUGUCUCCUUUCUCUCAAUCCACUGCUGCCUUGGGGCAGGGGUUGAACGAAUAGCAAUGAUGCUGGUUCCCAGGUCCCUGGAAGAAAGUGUCUGAGACCCCCUUCCCCACACAGAAGCCACCCACUACUACACUUUGACCAGACAGAAAAUGCCUGCAUUGGAGGGGACACUCAGAGCCCUGAAGACUGCCAAGUGGGCCACUGUAGGCCAGAGGGUGGGACAGCCCCAGCGGCAGGAUGCCUACCAGCAGCCUUGCCUGGUCCUCCCCGCCAUUCACUGGAGGGCAACCUGUCUGCCCUGCAAAUAAAGUGCUUGCCCAAGCCCGCUGGCUGGCAUCUGAGACCCCGCAA